AUGUUGAGCGAGAACACCGCUUUACCCAUCCACAACCACCCGCAAAGCCGCCCGACACCGCUCGAGAUCUCGCUAGUCUCGCAAAAGUUCCUGCUCUCGUCUCGUCUCCUCCCGGCUCGGCUUUCCUUCUUUUUGUUCUUUCUUUCUUGCUGUGUCUUCUCUGCUUCUCGUCGACUGGCGCUCCGAACCUUCCAGCUCGACGACUCAUCCAGCUCAACCACCGCCUACCGCCUCCGACGUCCUCGCGCCCACAUCCAAUUCCAGGAUCGUCUCUCGACGCGUCUCCGUAUCGCUGUUCUCGCUUGUUGCAAUGCCGCUUUCUCUCCUCUCCUUCCCUGUCCGAGUCGUCGCAAGCCCAAGAAAAAGCGAUAG